AUGACGCACUGUUUCUUCGUCGUUCUCUUAAUUGGACAUGCUACAGGAACCUUUGACUAUAGCGGCAGAGCCACGUUGGAUGAUGUCAAGGCUUUCUUCGACACCCCGGAAAAGGUCCUUCUGCUCCGAAGAAGCUAUUCUCGUUUGAUUGAGAACUCUGACCCCAAAUGCAUAUAUAGCAGGAAAACUACUGUCUCACCGACGCACAUUGCACUAAUCGAACAGUUUGAUUAUGGCGACCGAAGUAGCAAACUUCAUUGUACUGCGUACCGUGUUUACAUGGAGAUGUCGAAGGGGAAAGGAAUGGACGUCGCACCACUGCUGAAGGCAGCAAAAGUUGAUGCGCCGUGGUGUCCUUUUACUGAGCAAGAAGUAAGUUCUGGAACCAAAACUCAUCAGCAAGGGUACAAGAAUGGGCGAACUUACACUUUCCAAUACUAUGACUCCACAGACAAAUGCGCUGUGAUAACGUUCUCAGACAAAGAAUGUGAAAUAAAAUGUGAACUGCACGUCUGGGAAUAUUACCGUAAUUCGACAAUGACCAAUUGCAUCAGAGAAUAUGAAUACUUGUGCGGACAUCGCACUAAGUACACCCCUUAUGAGAGUGAUAUUUGUAAUUGGGAUAGUAGUCGUUAUGAAAGGCGAUAUGUGUUCAUUCCUCAUAAAACCACUGCGAAUUGAUGCGAACGUUUGUCCUUCCUCUGUAAUAUACCGCGGGCAUAGCAUCAUUUAUUCUUCUGCGAACAGUGUUUCGUAGAGAUCAAUAAAAUUUGCCUAAAAUAUUUUGCUGCUUC